GGCUCCAGUCGGAGCUGCGUGCCCGGCCGCGCCUCGCUCCUGCGCCCUCCCGCCCUCCUGGCGCGUGGCCGCGAUGGCGCGCAUCUCGGUGGCGCGCGAUGUGCAGAGGCCGCAGGACUUCGCCUCGGACGGCACGGACGCGGUCGGCUUCGUGCAGUUCUGGGGCAACUCGCCGUCCCUCGACCUGGUCGGCCAGGACCCCCAGGCGGCGGCCUUCGGCCCAGCGGCGGUGGGUACGUCUCCCAGCGGGAUUAACCGGUCUCAGGAGGCCGCCAAGCCAGACGCUGCAACUGUGCAGGCCGUAGAGGACAGUGCGGCCGAUGGCGCCGAGGAGGCUUCAGACAGCGGCGACGACGGUGUCGUUGUGUCCGGCGAGGCGUGUGAGGAGGAGCCGGAACCCUGCUCUUUGCCUGACGGCGACGGCGUUGUGAAUGUGCUGAUCGCCGGUGGCGCGGACAUUCGGCACGUGGUCAAGACUGUGUCCAGGCGGGGCAGGAGGGCCAGCGGUCGGCUUCGCUUCUUCCUGCACGAGAGCCACCACGAGUCCCUCGCGCGCCACGUGCUCUUUCUGCAGAUUGUAAACAACACAGCGCUGCCCAUUCGGGAGCGGAUGGAGGUAUUCCUCAGCCUCUACGGCAACACUCUGGUGCGAGAGCGUGACAGUGCUUUCGUUGGCGAGAUUGCCAAAGAGUUUAUCGAACUGAUCACUGACAACUCGUCCCACCCCAUCGCUCAGAUAAUUGACCUUUCCCACUUGAAGUUCAAGGACAGGGAUGUGCUGCAGGAUAUUUUCAAAGGAUGGCUCGCUGAUGUCCCAUUUGACGUAGAGGCCUUGAGAGAGCAACGUUGCCGUGGUUACUAUCGCGAUCGCUACGAUUUCCGUAAGAAUCUAAUGGAUUGGGAUUAUACUAGCAACAUUAAAGAGGUCGCUGGCAUUAUCAACUGGUUUCAUUAUAAGGAGUUCUGCCAUUCUGGCGUUGCAUUCGAGACGAGGCUGGCAAGCUACAGUUCCCCGAACCGAACCCUGGCCUCCUACACGGAGGCCAUGGACCGUGUCCGUGGGACGCCCGUCCAGGUUCGGGGUUUCUGGGGGGACAUCAUCAACAGCCCGUACCACGCCUUCAGCACGUCGACGGACCCACAGGACAAGCCUCGGCUGUUCAAGAUCACUGGGUCCCAGUACCGCCACACAGAGACCGACAUCGCGGAGUUCAACCUCACGGCCUACCUCAGCGAGAUGGACACGGGCCAGGCCUUCCACCUGCCGCCCGAGCGCCCCGAGGAGCACGUCUUUCCGUACACGUCUCCGCUCGAGACGCUGCAGACCGCGAAGGCAGAGGACCGCCGGCGCGUGCGGCGGCCGCCCCGCCUGGAGAUGCCCGAGCAGCUCGGCGCGCGGCGCGAGCGCAGCACGCUGGCGGAGGUGGUCUGCGAGACGCUGAAGUACCAGGCGCACUUCGACGCCUCCGUGCGGCUGGGCUUCCGGCACCGGCUGGCGCAGGCGGGGCACCUGGCGGGCUGGCGGCUCGCGGACGAGAGGCGGGCGGUGCCGUGCCUCGAGGCGGACAUGAAGGAGAAGCGCGCCAAGGAGCUCGAGAAGCACGCGACCGACUUCCUGCGCUUCGUCACCCCCGCGCUGCCAUGUGGCGGGCAGACCUGGAAGCCGCGCGAGGUCGGCGCGCUCGAGGAGCAGGGCGCCUGGUUCGGCGAGGGCGCCGUCGGCGCCGAGGACGCCGCGGCGCUGCGGGAGGAGAUCCUGCGCGCGCACGGCGCUGGGCUGCUGACGCAGAGCGGGAACAAGCUGGCCGUGCGCGGGGCCGACGGCCACCGCGGGGGCGUGGUCAUGGAGAAGCCGGGCAUCCUCGAGGCCGACGUGAUUGUGGACGGGGAGGAGGCGAUGCCCCAAGUGCUCGAGCGCUGCCCCACGCUGGCGCGGCUGCUGCGGGGAGAGGCGGGCCUGCGGCACGCCGUGAACGCCGCCUGGCCGGAGCUGGCGCUGGACCGGCUGGAGCAGGCCAAGGUGGCGGUCAACGUGGGGCCCCGCGACGGCGGCCCUGGCGGCGCGUUCCCCUUCCACUUCGACGUCUCGUCCUCGAAGGAUGCGCGCCGGCAGCUGACCGCGCUCCUGUACCUGAACCCCGACUGGCAGGACGGCGACGGCGGGGAGGUCGAGCUGCUGCCGUUCCCCUUCCCAGACCUCCUGGUGGCGCCG